UUGCAAAACUUUAAAUAAACUAAAGAUAACCGAAUCAUUACUUAGUUGGGCCCACUGAUUUGCAGUCGCUCAUUUGCUUCAACUGGUUCCAAUAAAUAACAGAUAUCUAAAUGGAACGUUACAAGCUCGGACCCGCAACGAUCGAGUAUGAUCCUAUGUGUGAUAAAGAAAAACCACAGAGAAUUUCAUUUGAAGAUGUUUCGGCAGCUGCUUUUAGGAUUCAAAGUGAGAUAGUGAAAACGCCUUGCGUGAAAUCUCACAUGUCUACGACUUUUGGAAUGGAAAUUUAUCUCAAGAAUGAUUUCCUGCAACAUACUGGCAGUUUCAAAGAGCGUGGUGCACGAAAUGCUCUUCUGCUUUUAAAUAAGGAGACCAAAGCUCGCGGUGUGAUUUCUGCUUCUCUGGGGAAUCACUCGCAGGCGCUGAGUUUCCAUGCCAACAACCUCAACAUCCCUGCAACCGUGGUGAUGCCCAACGUAGCUCCGAUUAUGAAAAUCCAAAAGUGUCGCUCUUAUGGAGCCAAUGUCAUCAUACACGGCCAUGACAUGAAGGAGGCUAAGUACCACGCCAUGAGCCUGGCUAAGGAGCGCGGUCUCACCUACAUAAAUGGUUCGUUUGUCCCCAGUUACGACCACCCUCACAUAAUGUCGGGGCAGGGGACCGUGGGGUUGGAGAUCGUGGAGCAGGUGCCCGACGUGGACGCCGUGCUGGUGCCGGUGGGGGGCGGAGGCCUGCUCGCCGGGGUCGCCACCGCCAUCAAGCAUCUCAAGCCGCAUGUGCUCAUCUAUGUAAGUCCUUCACUUUAUGACCAGUCACCUAACAAAAGCAACUUACAAGCGGUCGUAACUCGUAAAACAUUUUUAUGCUAUUGAAAAAUGACCCGAG